ACACAAAUGCUAGCCCCAGUUUUCACUCGUCCAACCAGUAGAAACAAACAAAGAUGGCGGACUCAGGUUUAUCCGAAAAAGCAAGCUAUGUACCCCGACCACCAGCGGUUUUGUUCUAUCACAAGUCUAUGAGUCAGUUGGCUCAAAGUAUUUGUGAAAGAUGCAGCCAUGCACUGAAAUCACCGAUCGUAACACAGGUAGGACACGUUUGAGUCCCUGUCUACUAACUAUAUUGUUUCACCUGACGUUGUGGUCAAUCGCGAGAGGACAGUGUGUUGAUUGAUAGUAACAGCUGUUUCGAUCCAUAUCUACCCAACUAUCACUAAAUUAUAACAUAAAAAAGAGAAAAUUCCAGAGGAAUUUGUAAGAGGCGUGUGGAUUUUCGAUAACUGGAGUGAAAUUUAUGUCAUUAUUGUUUGGCCAAUGUUCCUAAAAACACUUGACAAAGUUUUUGACAUUUUUUUGACAUAAUUUUCAAGCAGAUCCAAUCAAAGUCCAAGACUUUUUAUGAGUUUUGUCUUAACUGUAAUUUGCCUCAAUUUGGUACCCUUCCUGACAACUAAGAGACUUCUUCAAACAAGAUAUUCUGCCAGGUUCCCCGUAUUGCAUUUCACAAAAUUCACACUUACAGGAGAAAGUAACAGGGCCUUUUACAGAGUGAAAGGAAGCAACUCCCUGCACCUUACUGUCGUUAUUAUCAAUCAAUCAAUCAAAAACUUUAUUUAAGUGUCUAAUUCUCUAGCUUGCCGUCAGGGCUACUAAUCGGGGACAGUACUUAAAUUACUUAUUAAUAAGAAAAUAUAUAUAUACAUAAUACCAUAAGUUAAUAAGAUUUAACUAUUCUAAAACUACUUAAAAGAUACACGAUAUUCAAUACGCUUCGAAAAUACACCUAUGUAAUAAAUAAGAAAAAACUGUUUUAUAAUAUAUCAACUCUACUAGUUAUGAAAUUUUCUGUUUAUGAAUUAUGAGUCACACAGGUGGCACCCUUUGCAUGGGCUAUCACUAACCAAUUUGUUCAGAUCUUUUCUCCUUAUAUUUGCUUUAAACCUGCUUCAGGAGGUCUCGUUUCUGUCCUUCAUACUCAAUUUUGACCAUAAAAAUGGCCCAAAAAAAUCUGGGGGAAUGCUUUCCAUAUUUAACAGUUUUUACCCUUUGAAUGUGAAAGUCCGAGUUCCUCAGGUUGUAGUUCGAAGGUGAUGACGAGAAGAGUUCUAGUAUGUUGUAAGGCAGUAAUCUAUUCCUUAUUUUGAACAUAAAGAUAGCGAUAUCUUGUAAUCUUAUGUUAUAUAGACUCGUCAUUCCAGCGUGUGUAAGAAGGUCACCAUAAGGAGAGACGCGAUCUUUGAAAACUGUACGUAGUUCUCUUUCAUUAAUUCUCUAGCUUGUUUCUGUCGCUUGCAUGACAAAAGUGCCACACCAAGCUACAGUGUGUGAGAUGGGGUAAAACUGCAGUUUUAUAUAUCCGUAGUUUUGCGUUCAUCGGGAUUAGAUUCCUUCUUAGUUUUUGAAUUCCUCAUUUUCUAACAGUUGGUUGUCCCAUAUUUUGUGUCUUUCAGUUUUGCCACCAUGCCCUCCUGUACCCAAUUGUUAAAUAGGCUGGAUGUUACUUUCCGAAUUGUUACAGAAUAACAUCUUUACUUUACCAUAUCUUUAUUACAGAAAGGACUUCUUCAGUUUCAACAGAGUGUAGAGCUCAGAUCUGUAUCAUGGCAGCAAUUCCCUGAUGGCUGGCCAAAUUUGUUUAUUGAAAAUGUGAAGCAAGAUUGUGCAGGAAGAGAUGGUAAGCAUUGCCCUACAGAAAUUCACCAGUUAUGGAACAUUUCUAGAUUUUUUAAAACAAGUUCCCAUGCUGUGACUGUUUUCAUGUAAGGUCAGGGAAGGACUGCGUUUAUUUAUUUAUUUAUUUAUUGUCUUGCAGAUAUAGAUUUUUACUUUAUUAUCACUAUUUUAUUUGCUAUACCAACCUAAAUUAGCAAAGCUAUUUGUGGGUAUUCAUUUUCCGGCACUAAUAAUAAUACAAUGUAAAUAGUAAUAAUAGGUACUUUAUUUAUAUAGCACCAUUUCCAGUGAUGCCCAAUGGCACUUUACAAGAAAUGUUCAAAAUAUUACAUGAUAUGGAAACAAGAGAGGAUGGUGUAAGUUUUAUUUACAUGUAUAGGUUCAAUCACUCCCUGUCACAUGUGAUUACAUGAGCUCGUUUUAACCCCAAUUUUUGAUAAGCCCAGGCUUGCUUAAUGGCUUUAAGGCAGCUAUGCCACUGGUGACAGGAAACAUCUGAUUCUUUUUGCAGUCAUCUUUUUAGGCAGUUUUCACUACCCAGAAGUUGUAUUUGAACAGCUAUCUAUUCUUUACAAAAUCCCGAGGUAUGUUUAUAGAUACUGAUGUUAAUAGCAGAUUUCAGUCUUCUACUUUGAAUGGAAUACCUGUAAUCCUCCUACCAUUAUCAAAACAAACAACAACAAAAUGAACAAGUACUGUACUGAUGUCAUACAUGUACAUGCUUUUUAGCUGUUUUUUUACAAAAGAUGCUUGAAUAUCCAAGGUUUACCUGCUACCUUCCAAAAAUUAAUUAACUGUUAUCAGAGGGAUUGGAGUGGGCAGGGGGUACGGUAAUAAUAGAUUAUGAAUAAUUGAUGAGUAAAUGUACACUGUACAUUUCAGGUUAUUAGCAAGAUCAUUUACCGCUAUUGUACCCUACUUUCCAACUGGGACAAUGGAGAGAGAAGAAGUAGAGGGGCGAGUUGCCACUGCAAAGGUACAUUGGGGAGGUGGCCAUACCUUGAAAAAAUGCUCUUAUUUGACUGCUAUUUACUGUGUCCUUCCACAGUGUCUCUUAACCUUCCGAGACAGACUCUGUGACACACUUCAGGGUUAAGGCAGCAUGUCAAUGAAAGAUUAUACCCACCCCUAUGAAUGAAGGGCUACUUUGUUUGAAGAUUAACCACAGUGAUUCACACACUUGGAUCAAUUUUGCACUAGACAAGAGAGAGUCUGAUCGUAGUGUCUGCAGUUAUUGUCAUCGCAGGUAGUCAAGUGACAUCAAAAUAAUUACAAGAAAAGGUUACUGUUGUGGUAUCAAUCUUGGUUAAAGUGACAAGCAAAUUUGAGCUUACAAAAUUAAUAAUAUUGUAAUAUUUGUUUUCAAUAAGUGCUAGCCUGCUUCGUAUCUUGGUGAAGCUUGGAUGUGUGACAUUUCGAAAAUGUGGUUACAUAACAAAAUCUCUCUUUUUAAAUUUCGAAUCAGCUGACCCAUUUUUCCCAAGUAACAAAGUUGAGGUGUCUGUGCUAUCAUUAAAAAGUAAACCAAUGGCUAAAAAUGUAACUCACCCAAGCAUACGUGUAUUAAGAAAGCCACCAAGAACUACCUGAAAUGAAUCAAGUAAAUUAUAAUUAUUCCUUAUAUUUUAGCGCUUACCCCCAUGUAAUAUUAAGAGUGUCAAUAAAAAAGUCUCAUAGAUUUCAGUGGGCCACUACUUCGAAGUUAGUUGUGUAGUGGGAGAGCAGAAUAAACCCAGCUGUAUUCAUGGCCAUUUUGUUCCCUUGCAUAGUUCACUUGAUGAAUGAACACAAGUGUAAAGGGUCUGUUCCUUGUUUAUUCUGUUGAUGGCCUUAGAUGUUUUUAUAUCUUCUCUUUGAAAUAAUGGACUGAAGGAGAUUGAUCAUUUAGAGUAAAUUGAUACUUUUUUGAUACAAUAUUUUUGUUACCCUGGCCCCAGAGGUUUUUCUUCUCUCCUUACUGCUUUGCAACUCAUUGUCUCCGCCUCGCUGUUCGCUCUCUCUUUCAUGAACAAAAAAAUUCAAGAAAAGCCUCUGGGACCAAGGUAUAUUUUUGUGGCAAACUACAAAAAAUGAAAAAAACAUAAGGUGAAUUCCAACCAAAAGACAACAUAUCUACAAAUAAAUAUAAAUAUAAAUAUCUAAAAAUAACUUUUAUCAUUAUCUUUUUUGCCAGACACUUGCCAUGCUGUUGUCUGCCAUUCCAUUAACAGCAAGAGGCCCAUCUCAGAUCAUGGUUUUUGACAUUCAUGCUCUGCAAGAGAGGUUUUAUUUUACUGACAAUGUCAUCCCCAGGUAACUGUGACAGACUGUGAGUAUACAAAUUUAAUUGGAAUAGACCUUACUACUGCUUGGUAAUUAAUGUUUGUUGCAGCCAUGUUUCUGGUCAUGUGACACUUACUUUGUUUGUCUUGUCAUUAAUUAUGCAUUUUUAAGUAUGCAUAAAUGGGAUGAAAUUUUUAAGUUAUGUAGUUCCUCGAGUAAUAGCCAGGGGGCAUUAUUAUUUUUUCCACACAAAAAAGGAGUGAUUAUUCGAGGGAAGACGUUUAUUCGAGGGAGACAAUUAUUUCAAAUAUUCCUCACUGGAAGACAUGCCCUAAAUAUUUUCUUUUAUUAUCCCAUUAAAUGCAAAAUUGAUCACAUCAAAUAACUGAACAUGGGCUUUUUAAGUUUUCCAAAUUUGGUUCCUUGAUUAAUUUUUAAUGUCAAUUUCCUUGGCGUCCGAGGUUGAAUUGUCAGUAAUCAGUUUAAUAGCUGGAUCAGGCUCCACUUUAACUAGACAGGGAGGGUAUAAAAGAAAGACAAGAUGGCGAGAGGGGUGGGGGGCGAUUAUUUGAGGGAGGCGAUUAUUUUGAAAUAUUUCCGUUUAAGGGGGGCUUACUUAAUAACGUACUCUUGGUCUGAUUAUUUCAGUUUAUAAAUUAGUGUAACGUUUGGUUUCAGAUUGGAAACUGCCAUACCCUUACUUCUUCGUGAAAUAACAUUGCUGAGUCAACAUAAUGACAUUAGUAUCGCAUUUCCAGAUGACGGUGCCUUCAAGAGAUUUCACGCUAUGUUCAGUUCAUUCCCAACCAUAACCUGUACCAAGCUCAGAGAAGGAGACAAAAGAAUUGUCAGAGUUAAAGAUGGUAACAUAACAAUUCAUUCACUUUAUUUGAUGGUGUUUUCUAGGAAUAUCAGUGUGCUCGCCCUCUUGUGCAUUAGCCCGCUACAAGUUCGCCUUCUAUAUGUAAUUUAAUGUUAUUUAGAGGGCCACAAAUUUAUCAUUUUUUUCAUAACUGUCACGUGUUUACCCUCUUUAAAUAAAGGCGUUACCUUACCUUACCAUUUCCGAGUUUGCCCUGUCGUUGAAACAAGACCAAAGACCCCGAAAAAUCUGCUUGAAGCGAUCUUCGGUACAAGGUGAGAAGGGUAGUUAAAAUCGAAACAGUUGAUGGAUCGUCAUUUUAUGGAGCUAACUCUUUACCCGGCUUAUUCAUCAUGGGGCGAACUCGAUUUCUUACGCGGUUUACUAUUACUGAGGGGCUAACACAAUAUUGGGGGAAACCACUGGCUACCAUCUCGAGAGCUUGAUUUUCCCUAACGCGCUCGAUAACAAUAUGAUUUUUCCUUCCGAGCUUCCUGUACCUCUGAUUGAAAAAAAAAAACAUCUUUCUUGUAGCUACUUCUUAUCAAUCUUCUCAGUUGUUAAUGAGCACUGACGGGCCAUUAAACCGCAACAUUUGGACAUGUAGUAGACUACGAGUAGUCCCUAAUUUUCCCUCAGGGAUAGUAGAGCGAGCGAAACGCGAGCGCGCGUGAUAAUUACCCCAUGCGAAAAAAAGCGAGUCACGCGCGCUCGCGUUUCGCUCGCUUUUAGUCUACUAUCCUUGAGGGUUGAUUCCACUGUCGCGUGAUUUUUACGUGCGUACGUGCGUAAAAUUUACGUUCGCAAAUACAAUAGGGGCAUUGUGUGAAAGGUCGUACGUAAGCGUAAAAGUGUAACCUCGCUCAACUUCACGUUUAAUCUCAACACUUUCUAUCUUGCCUCUAUUUUAUUUACGUGAUUAAAAUUUACGUGCGUUAACGUGCGUGGCCAAAAACGCGUCAGUGGGAAAUCAACCUUGAGGGAAUAUGAGGGACUACUCGUAAUACGUACGUGUAGAGUAAUAUAUAGAUUUAGUUGCCUCUUUAUAUUUUAAAUCAAACAAUGAACUUGUAAUCCACAACCAAAAUCACCCAUACGUCCAGCCGGUUCUCAUUUUUAGUGCGAGCUGUCAGUGUGGUCGAGUGUUUGAAUGAACUUUAAUGGAGGUACGUCUCAACAUAAUAACGAAUUUAUUAUCAUUACUUUUUGUUAUUUAAUGGUUCCAGCUAUAACGAUGUGUAAUCUUAUAAAGCGUUUGAUACGUGGGACAUUUCUAUGUACUCCUGCAAGCGAUGUUCAUGAACGCUGAAAACAAACACCACGGACAAGCGAUUAAAAUUGCAAGAGAGACUACUAACAAUCAAUAAACGAAAUAUAAUUCGGUAAAACAUUUACAGAGACAACAAUUUUCAUUCACGAAGACAAGUAUUAAAGUGUCUCUAAAAAUCCUGAGUCUUUAAGCUUUAAUAAAGCUUAAGCUUAAGUUUAUUUUGUUUUACUUUCAGCCGGCCUUCCGGUGUUUGUUUUUUUUUUUCAAAGAUGAACUCCUCGAAGCAAGAAAAUCACUCAAAGUUUUCUUUCUACAGCCAAAUUUAUAACUAAAUAUUCUUCGGAACGUUUGUUUUCUAUUUGCCGUGAAAAAAAAAUCUGAAGGCCUUUUAAAGUCCUGUAAGCUUAUAUCAAACCUGAUACUAGAUCAGAUCAUUGACUCAAAUCUUAACAAACGUGCAAAAACUUGCCGCAUAAACUGUGCUCGACUUCAUGAAAUUAGAUAUAACAAAAACAAACAUCAAAUACAAUAAUUACUCAGGCUUACCAUUCGAGAUUCAGUUCCUGAAAGAUAUCAAGGAAGGCCAUAGUUGCUUGAGACUUUUAAACCCUCUUACGCAUUGAGCAAGGUGAAAGACGAAAACGAUGCCAUCUGAAAUCGGAUUACCCAAUUUUAACAAGCGACGCAUUUCUCAACCAAAAACCCAAUAAACAAACCAGCCAUGGAUAACAGAAGACUCUUGAUAGCAGCUGUAUUUCAUUUUGUACAUCCAGUGGAAAAAGACAGUUCACAAGUUGACACAAAACUAGCUCCGCCGCUAACCACUCAAAGCUUCAACGAAAUACCGUAAAAUUCCGAAAAUAAGCCCCUCCAUGUAUAAGCCCCUCCAAAUAUAAGCUCCCCAAACCCGUAACGCAAAAAAGCCUCCGUUAAAUCGCCCCUCCAUAUAUAAGCCCCCCCCGGGGGCUUGUACUUGGAAAUUGCCCUCAAAUGCAAAGUAAAACAAAGCAAAAACGGUAAAUUUCCCUCCAACUAUAAGGCUAGUCCAAUCGAUUUUGGAACGCAAAUUUCCCUCCAUAGAUAAGCCCCUCCGAUUAUAAGCCCCUCCAAAAAUAAGCCCCUCUAAAAGGGCCUUUGAAAAAUAUAAGCCCCGGGGCUUAUUUGGAAUUUUACGGUAUACCCGUAGCGCGGGUGAGUAAGCCACCGAAUUGGCUUAAUACCGUGAUAAUUAGUCAGUCAGCAACCUCCUUGACUGCAAAAUAGUCGAUUUUUUCUUAAAAUCGGUUAGUUUAGCGUAGUUAGUUGAGAGAAAGCGUCUCUUUUCAGUCUCGCCCUCCGUUUUCAGCCUCGGUCCAGACCUUUUGUUUGACUGCUCGCGCGUACUUGAAUACGCAAAAAUACGGACUGUUUUGCAGUCUAACAAUCUCUCUGCCAAUCGCACCUGAUAUUGCCUUCUACUCUAAUAGGCGAUCCUUCAGGACAUCACGUGAUCAUUGUCGAUGACCUUGUAAUGACAGGAGGAACUCUGGUUCAGUGUGCUAAAGUAAGGACAGCUUACGAUUAAGCUCUCUUUUGGGUAUUUAUCAUGCUAGUGGCGUGAAAGCCGCAAAAGAAAGUUUUAAAUUUUGUUGCCUAAAAUUCUGCGUUCAAUAAGCUUUGAUAUAGUCUUUCCUUUCAUUGCAUUUUUGCCGGGUUCUUCGAAGAAAUCAAAUGGCAGAUCGCCUUUAAAUUAUUGCAUACCCACCCAGUCAGAUCUGAGAUUUUUAGUAAGAAACUGUACGCUAACUAACUAAACCGAAAACGAAUGUUACCACCGGAAUACCGCAUGUAAGUGUAGGUUACGCGUAGCAGCUUGCAGCCAUACUCAUCUACCAGUAGGGUAAUGUAAGGGUUGACGUAGAUGAAGUUAACAAGAAAAUAAUAGCUAAUGACUGGGUUGGCAGCUGCUUGCAAAGCCGAAAGCCUUGUCUGAUAGCCCAGGGCUCGUGAAUUUUGCUAUCAGGCUAAGGAAUUCUGCCCGGCGCGGCUAAGUGAGGUUUUUUGGGGAAUUUGAAUUACAGGAGAAAUGUAAUCAAUCUUGCUCAUCAAAAAAAGAACAAGGUCCAAGCAAAUGAAAAUUACGUUUGGGCUAGUACAUGCAAGCUAUAGCUUUCUCAAAUGGCAAGCUGUAAGACAGACUUUCUUUGCACCUUUUAACAGUUUCAUUUGGCCUCGAAGAAACACUCCCGCUUGUUUCCAGUAAAGAUUAUCCCAACACAGGAUGCUGAAGUCAGACAAAUUUUUCAUUGCUUAUUUUGCAGGCAUUAUUGUCUUCUGGCGCGGUUAAGAUCAGCGCGUACGUAACACACGCCGUGUUCCCCAAAGAAUCUUGGAAGCUGUUCACUGAUUGUGACGUCAAGUUUGACAAGUUUUACAUAACAGACUCCAUUCCACACGCCGCUUAUAUUGCUCAACAUCCUCCAUUUAAGAUCCUUUCCCUCUGCGAUUCCAUUUCUGAAGCUUUGUUGGGUUUCGACUUACUUCAGAGUUAAACAGACUGUUAAACGUACUUCGAAGGUAAACCGUGCUACUAAUUCGUCCACCCAAUUUCUUUCAAAUAACGAAAUUUUUAAAAACGCGUUCAAUUGACCAUGUAUCAGAAUAAGACUAAAUGGUUUUGUUAGAUAUUUAUAGCCGCUGUAGCAUCUGCCACUCCGGUGUACAUAUAAUACAGUAGACUCUCUUUUUACGGACACCUCUAAGUAACGGGCACCUAGAGUUGGUCCCUGCUUUUCUUUACUCCCUUUAUUUGACUCUCUAUAAGACGGACAUCUCUCUAAGACGGCCACUUGGUACCGGUCCCAUAGAUGUCUGUCUUAGAGAGAGUUGAGUGUAUUCGUAACGUCCCAGUGGCUCCAAAAUUCAUUUAUAUUUCGCCACAUGUUUAAUUAAACAUACCAUUUACAGUAUAACGCUUACACCAAAACACCACAGGAAGACCAUCCCGCUUCAUUGCGUUCCAUGCUGAGGCCUAACAAGGACCAAAUAGCUGUCCAUAUCUGCUACUUGUCGGGUGAAAUGGUUUGACACCACCAUUCACACGGAAUUGGCUACAUCGCGGAAUGUUGGCUCUGACGUCAUUGUGCGGCGUCCGUACGUCUUUACCCUUCAACAUGUAAGCGAUUAUGAAAUGUCACUUUCAGUUGCAUGCCGCGUUAAUUUUUUUGGCAGGAUAUUGUAUGGAAACCUGCGGUUUCUUGGCGGGAAUGGCGUGUCCAAAGGUGUAAGAGUAAGCGUUUAUUGUUCCCUUCCACAAAAGCUUAAUGUAAAAAGUUACUAGAUUUAUUGUUUGAAGAAAACGGUUAGUUUCUUGUGGGAGCUACGCUUUUAUAAUUGGCUAAAUUUUAUUUUUAAUUAAGACAGAUUUGAAUCUAACAUUAGCAAGGAAAUCGAUGUUAAAGCAAUUUUAGUCGUACCUUUCGUUACGACCGAGACAAAAAAAAAUCAGUUACUCAAGCAUGCUUCUGCUGCCGGGGGGAACGAAGCAGUUUUCUGGUUAAACCAGCCAGAGGUUGAAAAAAUUGCACGUGAGCCGUGCCAAACAUUGAUGAACAUGUGCAAUCUCUGAUUGGUUGAAAGGACAACACGCUUGUUUGUAAAAAAGGUGCAAUUCGUGUUAGAUCUCGAAUGUGUACUUUGAAAUAGUUUAUUUAGAUAACAUGACGCAUAUUGGCGAGGUUAUAGUAAACAGUAUAGGCCGCAUACCGUAUAAUUCCGAUAUUAAGUCCCUCCAUGUAUACGCCCCUCCCAAUAUAAGCCCAACAAACUCGUAACGCGAAAAACCCUCCGUCCAAAUAUAAGCCCCCCCAGGGGCUUGUACUUGGAAAUUGCCCCCAAAUACAAAGUAAAACAAAGCAAAAACGGUAAAUUUCCUUCCAACUAUAAGGCUAGUCCAAUCGAUUUUGAAACGCAAAUUUCCCUCCGUAGAUAAGCCCCUCCAAAAAUAAGCCCCUGGGGCUUAUUUUCGGAAUUUUACGGUAAUUUAAAGAGUUUUCAAAUUACAGAGUUUUUUAGUAUUUUAUCAUUUACGGUCAAAGCGAUUACAGUAUUACAUUUAGAUAAAAUUUAUCAAAGUGAAGACCACUAGAUAGCGUUUAUUGUUUGUAGUCACUCCGUUUUUAAGGUGAAUAUUUUAUAAUUUGUCACAUCACACUCGAUAGUUUUAAACAUCAACUACUAGUAGAAUCUCGACCCCAGAGCUCUUCUGCGCAUAAUGGCCAGGGAGGGAAGAGCUCGUGGAACCCUAGAACAAGGCUGCCUCUGAUUGGUUUCAGUGAAAAAAAGAAACAAAUAAACAAUAAACGUGUUUCUGAGUGGUCCAAUCAAGUUUGCACGAGAGCGCGUGAACGUGUGGCAUGUGAGCGGGUUUACCCCUGGAAAUCAGUAUUGCAGUAAAGAAGACGCCCGGCCGAUUCUCGAAGCAACAUUUGCACGACUAUUUAGGCAGAAUAACCGGAUUCUCCAAUUUUACAAUAAUACAUUAGCUACAUAUAGAAAACCCUGUGUAGCAGAAUGACGAUGCCUAU